GAUGAAGGGCGAGUUAUCUCUUUCAUGGUUUGCCACACGGAAUUUUUUUUUCUUGCGAUUUUAUCUGAACACAAGAUUCAAAAGGUUUUUUUUUUUUGUUGACAAAGGCGCAAGAUUCAAUUGAGACGGCGCCAAAUCAACGUGGGAAAAUUAAGCUCAUCUUUUACUGGUGGAUUUUUGAAUGAAUUAGAGAUUCAUUGCCAUAUUUGAGAAAGAAAAUUUCAUGUUAGUGUAACAAAAUUAGGCACUGUUAAUAGUGCUUGCUGUCUCUCAAAUCUUAGUAACUGCACGCUUAUCCGUAGUACACAUCUGUUAUCCACUUGUUCUUUGUCUUUUAGGGAGGAUAUAAUAGACGGUUCAACGACCCAGCACAUAACCCAGAAACUCUGCAACCAUGGACACCGAUAACGCUUCAAUGGCAAUCCUAGCCUCCCAAAUAUGCAACCAUAUAGCCUCCAUCUUCUCCAAACCCAGUACCCACCCACCAGCCUUAGACCUCAUGGUAGCAGAGUUGACCUCCAUAGCGUCCCAAAAGGGUCGCGUCUUUCUCUAUGGAGUAGGCCGAGAAGGUCUAAUGCUAAAGGCUCUGUGCAUGCGCCUGGCUCAUCUGGGCCUCUCUGCUCACUUUGUCUUCGACAUGACCACUCCUCCGAUUACUUCCAAAGACCUUCUCAUAGCCUCAGCUGGCCCUGGAGGAUUCUCCACCGUUGAUGCCAUAUGCUCUGUGGCAAGAUCCCACGGUGGUAGAGUUUUGCUGCUAACUGCCCAACCUGAGACUGGAUACAGCGUGAAGCAUGCAAAUGUAGUGGCGUAUGUACCAGCACAAACAAUGGCUGAUGAUAAGGAGGAUCGUGGUGAGGAGAAAUCUAGAACGUUGCUACCUAUGGGGAGUGUUUACGAGGGGGCCAUGUUUGUGUUGUUUGAGAUGGUGGUCUACAAAUUGGGUGAGGUUUUGGGAGAGAGUCCUGAGGCUAUCCGAGCUCGUCAUACCAAUCUUGAGUAAAAAGUCUGCUAGAAAUGAGAGGAGGGAUGCUUUGUUCGUGUCUGAAGAAAUUUUCAGGAUCAAUCAUCGUCUUCACAUGCACCAAUCUAUCAAAGUUGUUCUUGAAAUAUUUACGACCCCAG